CUGCUUUGCUCAUCAUUACACAAGGGAAAGCUAGCAGCUUUUAUUAGUUUCACAGGAUUGUCCCGUGUUGUUGACCUAUGCCCAUGAAAUUAUCCUUAUCGUUUGCUUAUCGCGUCUUGCGCUCCCGCUUGCUGUUCCUUGCCUCUCGAAACAGCACAGGUCUGUGUGUUUUGUGUACUUCCACUUGUUGAAUACCAGCACCCUGCCCUCUGCGAGGAGUGUUCAGUGUUCAAGGUUCAGGAAGAUAACGAGAGGUGAGUGGCUGACGCAUAGCUCGUGUUGUGUUACCAAAGGCUCAUAUCAGAUUACAGUAGACAGCAGCUUGGGUGAAACUGUGGCUGUGUUCAGACCGCUGUUGCUCGGACAAACCAGGAACUGGGACUAACAAAGGAGUUUUGAAGAAGCUAAAGAAGCGAACGGAGGGCUUCCUGUUUUAAGAAGAGCGUUACCAUGGGUAAGAAGACACAACACUGCCUGCUGCUUUUGCUGUGUUUGUCAGAGCUUGUUCACUAUUCAGCUGCCAUGGUGUUUUGGACUGCCCGGGUGGAAAUAAGCUAUGCUAAAAACAACAAUGAGACUGUGGACAAAUACUGUGAGUGUGGGGUGUUCGGUCGUAACUCUCCCCUGGAGAAAACCUCGGGUAUUGUUACGCUUCCCAGUGGAAACCCCAAAGGCUGUGGCUCAGAUCCUGUCUACAAUCGCAAUUCCAGCUCCCCACCAUGGAUAGCCCUGGUUAAAAGGGGCAACUGCACCUUCAGUGAGAAGAUCAAUGCUGCCAAACGUCAAGGAGCAGCUGGUGUGGUGGUGUAUAAUGUGGACGGCAGUGGCAACAGCACCACACACAUGGCACACUCAGAUGCAGCUGGUAUUGUGGCUAUCAUGAUUGGCAACGCUCAGGGCGCGGAGAUUGUCAAGUUGGUGAAGAAUGGGACAGAUGUGCGGAUGAUUAUCGAAGUAGGCAGCCCUCACGGACCCUGGAUGGACACAUACUGGCUUUACUUCCUGUCCAUCGCCUUCUUCAUUGUGACAGCAGCCUCCAUCGCUUACUUUGUGUUUAUCUCCGCAAAUCGUCUCUACGGUCUGAGUAUGCAUAGGCGCAGCGAGAGGAAGCUGAAAUCUGAGGCUAAGAAAGCGAUCGGGCGUCUGCAAGUACGCAAACUCAAGACAGGGGAUGAGGAAACUGCCUCUGAGAACCAUGUUUGUGCCGUGUGUAUUGACUCCUACAAGGCAGGGGAAGUGGUGACGGUGCUAACAUGUGACCACAUCUUCCACAAAGCCUGCAUCGAGCCCUGGCUGCUGGAGAGGAGGACCUGCCCCAUGUGUAAGUGCGACAUCCUGAAGGCCCUGGGGGUUGAGGAGGAAACAAAAGAGGGCCUUUCUGAUGAGUCACCACCAGAGGUCACUGUGAUCACAGUGACGGGAGCAGAGCCCAUGUACGAAGUCCCACUGACUGACCCAGCGAGCCCUGACCCAGAGAGACAGCAGCAUCGCUAUGACAACGGCGCCUUCGAGGGAGACGCAGAGGCUGGGAGGAGAUGAACAACAGCAACGGGAACAAAACAACAACAAACCAGGACACAGUCAAAGUCCCUUUAUUUUUCUGAGAUACACUGAACCAGCACAAAGGAAUCAAACUUUAAUGUUCCAACAGGAGAAACAAUCCUCAUCUUGUAAUGCAGGCAUGCUAAAAAAAUUGAUUUCAAAAGAAAUUCCAAGGAUUUAAAAUGUUAAUAAACCUUGUGUAAUUAGCCUGGAUGACACUGCAUUUCCUUUGUUUCUGUCUUGGUGCAUGUGUGUGUAAAUAUCGGGUGUGUUCAUAACGUGAUCGUUAAAAUAGAUCCUAAAAACCGAGUAGUCUUGGAGUGAUGCCAGUGUCACAUUUCUGCUUUGCAUAGUGGACACACCAGCUCGACACUGGUUAGAGAGGAAGUGCAGUAGAGCAUUUGAAUAUCUGUUUGAAAUCGGGGCCAAAUUUCCUCCAACAAAAAGCUCACACUCCCUCACAAUUGACGAUUGUCUUUUAAAUUCAGAGCAGAUUUAUCUCUUUUAAUUCAAUUAAUUUGAAUAAAUGUUCCUGCUUUUGAAAUUGGAGCAAUGACUUUCCAUUUUCAUUGUCUGGUUGCCAGACUGGAUAUACAAACACACCCUUAUGAACAUACCCGUAACAGGAAAUACAGCAUGACACACAGUGCACCUUGAUGAGUGAAUAACAUCACCUGAGGGGCUGGAACUCUUAAGAGACGUGGUCCGUAGAAACACGUUUGCCACUUAUGAAAUAAGAAAUUUCAAGCCCUUUAUGAUUCAUUGACCUCUAGCUACUUUUUUACUCAAUAUGGCAAUGCAAUAAAUGUCUGCUGAUGAUAUGUCCCCAAAAAAUGUUGGUUGGAUAGGGGAAAAUUAUCUUUAUGUGUAAUGGAUUUUGAAUGUAUAUUGAGAUCUAUUUAUUAAUCAUUUCAUCUGUUAGUAUCGAUGUAAUACAGAAUGUAUGUAUAGUCCUUUUCCAUCUCUAAACAGCUGAUUUUCAUGUGCAAGCACAAAUUCUUGAACAGGUCUUCCAGGUUUUUCCUUAGAAUUAUUUGUAAUGGUGUUUAUUCAAUCCCUGUGGUCUACCUCUGAACUCUCACAUGGCUAAAUUAUGGAACAUUAGUGUCUCCCUCUGUAAAUGAUGAAGCUUGUUUGCUAGUGCGAAUAUGCUGAUUGUGGCACUUUAUAUUUUUCUAUAUUGAAUCAUUUUCACUACUGUUUUACAGAUUCCAGGAGUCUUAAAUUGUUCUGUAAAAAAAAAUAAUAUUACUUGCUGUAUUAAAUCACAUUGAUGCUUAGUAGACUGCAAUAAAUCCCUCAAAAUGAGGCCAAAUUUACGAGCAUA